CAGUGUCAGUUUUGUCCUCCCAGAACCAAGAACUCCUAAUUUGGCAAAAACAAGUUGUUUGUGUUCAGUUCACGGGCACGCGGGGGCUCUUCGCUCUUGGCAGCGGGCAAGUGGCUGCCUCUCUGCUCUGCUGUGUAUAAAUAGCACUUGGAUAAGAAAUGCCUCCUUGAGGCAUGGAAAUAAAUGUAUAUCUGUGCAUGUAUUUUUUUCAGGAACUAGCUAAAUAUGAGGAUAUGGAGGAUCAAGUAGUCCUAACUGAAAAAGAUCUGCUUGAAGAUGGCUUUGGUGAGCACCCUUUCUACCACUGUCUUGUUGCAGAAGUUCCAGAAGAACAGUGGACUGCUGAAGGACAUCUUAUUGUGGGUUUUGCCAUGUAUUACUUCACUUAUGACCCUUGGAUUGGAAAAUUGCUGUACCUUGAAGAUUUCUUUGUAAUGUCAGAGUUCAGAGGACUUGGCAUUGGUUCAGAAAUUCUGAAGAAUCUGAGUCAGGUUGCUCUCAAAUGCCGCUGUAGCAGCAUGCACUUUAUAGUGGCAGAAUGGAAUGAACCUUCUAUCAAGUUCUACAAAAGAAGAGGUGCUUCUGAUCUGUCCUCUGAGGAAGGAUGGAGGCUCUUCAAAAUUGACAAAGAACAUCUGUUGAAAAUGGCAACUGAAGAAUGAGGAAUUAUUCCAGCAAAUGACAAAUCCAUGAAUCAUACUUUGAAUAAAUUCUUGCCUUGCUUUCUGUACAGUUUGUAGUGGAAUAAAUAGCAUGGAUACUAAUUCAAAAGCUCAAGUUUCCAAUGCCAUUGUAGUAUAAUCGUUGCUAUUAUUUGAAUUUGAAACAUCGUUUUGCAGGAAGUGACAUCUGUGAAGUCCAAUUGAUUUGCUUGUAAACAUCAUCCUUCCCAGUGUGGACUUGUGAUCUUUCAAUGUAUAUCCAAUAAAACUUCAUUGUUGUGAGUGUCAUUCAAAUGUGUACAAUGUACACACUGGCAGGGUUUUUGUUUUAACUUCCUUUUAUAAAAUAAAGUCUAGUAUUUUCACUUUAA